AGGAGGAGGUGGAGGAGGAUGGGGUAGCACUAACCAGAGAUACACUAAUGUUAUCCAGCCAUCUACCUUUAAGUCUAAUGUGUGGGGUGGCAGCAGAGAUUACGGAAAAGGACUUUUCGUCUCCUCUGGCUUUGGAUCAUCAGGUGGCAGCAGCGGAAAUGGAGACUUUUCACAGAACAGAUUUGCUGUAUUAGUGAACAGUCAAAACGUUGGUGAUGGCUACAAAGAUGAAGAGGAGAGACUUCUUGAAUGUGUAGUGAAAGACAUGGAAAUUUGGGAAUCUUCAGGACAAUGGAUAUUUUCAUCUUAUUCACCGGUGAAAGAAAAGUUGAAUGUCUCAGGCUUUCGAGAUUUCUCACCAGAAGAGUUGCAUCUGGAGUAUUAUAACUGCAGAGCAAACAAUAACAUUCAGAACUAUAUAAAUUCUGUCCAACAGUUAGCAGAACAAUGGAAAACUCGGCUGCAUCAGUUAAAAGUUUUAAAUGCAUCAACAAAAGCAGCCUUGCUCUCCGAACUAAAGAACACAGUCACUCAAUCAUUGCCUGCCUUUGGAUUUGGAGGACAGCAGUCAUUGAACUUUGGGUUGUCAAGUUUUCCAGUGAUCAGCAGCAGUAGCAGUGUUAGCAGUUUCUCCUUUAAAACAAGUUCCAGUCAUGUCAAUGCAUCGUCUGGAAACACCCCUGCUUUUGGGAGCCCUUCUGCUGGUUGUAAUCCUCCUGCAUUUGGUGCGACGUCCUCUCUUAGCGUAUCCCAGUCUGUUGGUUUUGGCAGCCCAGCAGCUCCAUCUGCAGCCUCCUUCUCAUUUAAAACUUCUGAAACAAGUGGUGGUUUUGGAACUUCUGGGUUUUCAGGGUUUGGCACUACUUCUGCUGUGAACUCUUCAAACAUCACUCCACUUAAAGUCUUUGGAGAUUUUAGUGCGGCAGUAGCAACUUCUCCGUCACAUUCAGGCAGUACUCUAUUUGGACAGACUGCCAGUGCCUCUGGACAGACCUUAGUGUCAGCGCCUUCUGCAGUCACAAACAAUACUGCAUCAGAAAAGUUAUUUACACCAAAGAGCGAACUGUCAGCAGAAGACUUGAAACAAUUUGAAGCAAAAAAGUUUACAAUUGGAAAGAUUCCUCUUAAGCCACCACCAUUAGAACUCUUAAAUAUUUAG